AUGGGCGGAAGGAUGAUGGAUCAGAAUGCUGCUGGUACCAAUGAAACGAACCUUCGGCGUAUCUCAGACCAUACGGCAACAGACAGGGCCAUUCAACAACACCAAGACAACAUCACACCGAACCAGGGGAUAAGCAGCGGACGAGAAACGCCAACGGUUGGCGCAGUUGGAGAUGAUGCCGCCAUGAUUCGCCCACGCUAUCUGUGUUUCCUUACAAGGUCCCCCGAUGGCACCUAUGGCUAUGAGACCGUCAAUGUCUCGGACUAUCUCAAAAAGAAUGGAGACGGCGUCGACAUUGAGUUCGUUUUCGUCUCAUACACGCGUAUGCACUUUAGGGUCUCGACGGAUGAAGAAAUUUCUCAGUACGAUUAUCCGGAACCCAAGGAGAAGACCAGGGAGGCCAACCGAGAGCUUGCAAAAAGUGACCGCGCCACGCUCAUCAGAUUGGGCAUUGACGCUGCGAGGAAGGUCAACAAGCAAGCGUUCUGGUUGGACUUUGAAUGCGUGCGCGACAAUGGCGUUGCGAAAUCUACCAGCGGCAGCGAGGAUGUCUACCGAAUCUGUGACAUUGUACGGGCGGCGCACUCCAUGAUCAUUGCCAUCGGGCCUAAGGCGAAUGACAAGGUUGAUGCUCUCAUGCUUGGGAAGCAGCUCGAGUCUUUGCAGUACAACCCAGAUAUGGUGACCCCCUGGCUGCGGCAAUGGGGCUCACGUCUUUGGACAUUGCCGGAACUGCUGCUCUACCCCGGAGAGUUCAGGAUUCGCUUAUACGUCAUUGGUGACACCUCGGAGCCCAAAGCGAUCGCAAAGCGGAAUUUUGCUGAAAGGGCAUGGGACGAUGCCUACGCAGUGAAACAGCUUGUUGAUCACUUUGAGGGAUCGGCGAUUCUCACAUCGUCUUCUCUUAUCGAGGCAGCCCUGACGUGCUUUCCUAUAAGACAGACUGAUCAGUUCAGCCAAGGCGAUUUGGCAUACGCUACCAUGGGCCUUUUCCCAAGUCGCCAGAGACCUCUGGUCGACAGGAGCGAUACUGGUUUCCAAGCUUUUGGCAAACUAGCACUCGAGAAUGACAGCGCAACGUUUCUCAAUCGUCUAAUUUGCCUGUCAACUCCACAUGGGUCUCCUUGGUAUCGAAUGGAGGACCGGUGGGGAGUCAAGCUCAGGGACAUCAGUCCUAUUGGCAACCUGCGAGGAGUCUUGGGGCCCGAGACCGUCAUCCUGGAGGGCGUGUUUGGAACGACAAUUCACUGGGACAAAAUGGACGCUGAGCCUUACUUUGGUCAAAAUAUGGGACGUUUCGAAAAGAUCAUUGACUGCGGAUCGCACAUCGCCACCUCCAUCCCACUUUACUUCUUCGCCAUAUCGCUUGUCUUACUCCCGGAGAUAUUCUUCAUCUAUCGUAUGCUCCUCGGCCUGUUUAUUCUGCACCUUCCAAUAGCCAUCAUCAAGUCACGACGUCAUUUCAGGCAACCUACGGUUCCUCGCCUCAUUGGAAUCGAGGGCUUUGUUGACGCGGGAACAAUUGAGAAAUAUCUUUGGGGUUUCAAUCAUGGAAAUGUGAAGGACGACACCCCUCGGGCUUACACCGACUCGUCAGAAAACGGUCCUCGGACACCCAAUCUGUCGAGUCCACGAGGGGAAUUCACGUUCACUCUUGUGGACACGCACACAUUUCGAGUCGUCCAUCUUGAAUGCAGCAUGCCUCCCGUUGCCAUGUUUGUCUGCGGGGAAGAGAACGACAUGCACAGAGCUAUGCUCUGCUCAGGAUUCGCAGUCAGGGCUACCAGUUUCGCUACCACCAGUCGCGUCAUCUGA